GACUACACAAAGGCAUGUGAAGAAUACACUAUAUAGUCUGUAUACAUGUAAUUGUUGUAUUCUAAGGCCCCGUUUGGUAGCUAUGUUACGAUUAGAUAAGAGGAUUAAUUAGGGUUUAUUUGUGCAUUUGGUAGCUAUGUUAAUAAACUUAAUAGCCCGUGUUUUGUAUCCGGUCCGCACAAAGCCCAUUACAAAAUCUAUGUUUUAGUCACAUAUGUAACCACCCAUUUUGACAUGUUACAUAACAAGGAUACCUAGUUAAUUUUGUAAAAUACAUUUUUACCCAUAAUUUAAAAUUUUCUAGCCCUAAUCCAAAACUAACUCCUCUUCCUCACUUCACAAAAAAUACGCCUCACUUCAUAAAAAUUGCAACAAGUUCUUCCACAGUUCUCUCAUUCUGCCUCCCUCCCUCCAUUCUUUCCGGCGACUCAAACAUCCGGCUACUCCAUUGCUUCCCGCGAUUCCAUUCUCCCGCGACUCUAUUUUUGAUUCAAGAUUUUGGUAAAACUUGGGCCUCUUGAGCUUGUUCAAGUUAGGUACAGAUAUUCACAGUACGCCUGCAAAGGAUUGGGUUUGUCCAACUCACCAUUUCAUACUUUUAUCCGCAAUAGCAACAAAGAAUGAAUUUUUAUUGAUGCAUUUGCUGUUAUACCAUAUUCUGAACUCUAUGUAUUUGUGAAAUUUUCCAAAUGCCUUUCUGAAUCCUAACAAGAUUUUGUCACUCUCUGCAUAUCUCCACAUAGCCAACAUAUCUGUCAACUUUAUUAUAUAAGCCCAACACUGCAGUUUUUCAUAUUCUUUUUGCUUCUUGGGUUCUCAUCCUUUUCUCGUAUGUCUAAAGUAGCUUAGUUAAUCCCUCAAAAGUUUCUUUGUAGUGAUGUACACUGAAUGUGGAUGAUUAUUUUACUACUCUUGGUUGCAUCCUCAAAAGAAUAGUAGCUGUUAUACAGUCUGUUUCAUGAUUUGGAAGCACAUUUUGUUUUUUUCUUUAUCAUAAGCACAUUCAUUCAUUAAGAAAACAGAAUCGUCCAUUCACAACUCACUUAUUCUGCCGGGGUGUGAAGCACAUUUGUGACUAUGCAAAUUAUUUUUUUUUGUGCAGACAAGUUUUGAUUAUUGAAGAUGAAGCCUAUCUUAUGUAAAAACUCUUCACUUGAGUCGGUUUUAGAAGAGAUAAUGCAUCAAAACGUGAUCGAAUCAGUUGUAUUUUCUACGGUCGAGUCAAUUUUGCGUAAUAGAAACAGAAAACGCUUCAGAAGUGAAUUUGUUAGGCCCUACGCAAUGGUUCCUAAGAUCCCUGAUCAAGUCAAGCAUUUAAGUAGGUUGGUAGGUGUUACAGAUGUCGAUUGUAUCAAUAACCUUAGAAUGGACCGUAACACGUUUGGUAGGCUUUGUCUUUUGUUGCGCCAAAUUAGUGAUCUGUCACAUGGAAAAUAUGUCAAAAUAGAAGAGCAAGUGGCUAUGUUUUUAGGUGUUCUAGCACAUCAUAACAAAAAUAGGAUUGUCUCAUUUACUUUCUUGAGAUCCGGCCAUACGGUGUCAAGGUAUCUACAUGCAGUCUUGAAUGCCAUCAUAAAACUACAUGCCAUUCUUUUUGUCAAACCUGAACCAGUACCUGAUGAUUGCACUGAUUCGCGAUGGAAAUGGUUUAGGGGAUGUCUAGGCGCACUAGAUGGUUCAUACAUAAAUGUUAUGGUCCCCAACGAAGAUAAGCCAAGAUAUAGGACACAGAAGGGGCAAAUUGCUACUAAUACGUUGGCCGUGUGUGAUCGCAAAUUAAUGUUUGCUUAUAUUCUGCCGGGGUGGGAAGGUUCAGCUGCAGAUUCUAGAGUACUACGUUGACCCUUCAUGUCUGUUAGUUUUGCUAGGUGUUUUAAUAGAUAGAUCUAUUUAAAAGGUCCUUACUUUCUCUCUAUAAAAGAUCCUCAAUUUCUUUCAUUAUCAGUGGAAUAUUGUAUUUCAAUUUCGUAUUAGUCGAAACAAAAACUCAUCACUUUCCAUGGCUCUUUUCAACAUACCUCCACAAGAAUCCUUCUUUUACAAAUUACCUUGGACCCCAGAAGUUGAUGGA